GUGAUUUAAAGUUGGAUAAAGGAUGUGUUGGACAGUAUAUAUCAUCUACAGCUCGUAAAGCAAACUAUCCACCAAUAAUACAAUGGCAGACGUCGUACAAUGGUUGGCAGUUGUUAAUGUGUGAAAUAAAACAACUUUUAUACCAGGUUUCACACGGUGCAGGUGAUUUUAAUACCAUUCUCUCAACUCAGUCACAAGGUGCAGGUGAUUUUAAUACCAUUCUCUCAACUCAGUCACAAGGUGCAGGUGAUUUUAAUACCAUUCUCUCAACUCAGUCACAAGGUGCAGGUGAUUUUAAUACCAUUCUCUCAACUCAGUCACAAGGUGCAGGUGAUUUUAAUACCAUUCUCUCAACUCAGUCACAAGGUGCAGGUGAUUUUAAUACCAUUCUCUCAACUCAGUCACAAGGUACAGGUGAUUUUAAUACCAUUCUCUCAACUCAGUCACAAGGUGCAGGUGAUUUUAAUACCAUUCUCUCAACUCAGUCACAAGGUGCAGGUGAUUUUAAUACCAUUCUCUCAACUCAGUCACAAGGUGCAGGUGAUUUUAAUACCAUUCUCUCAACUCAGUCACAAGGUACAGGUGAUUUUAAUACCAUUCUCUCAACUCAGUCACAAGGUGCAGGUGAUUUUAAUACCAUUCUCUCAACUCAGUCACAAGGUGCAGGAAAUGUGUCAGCCAUGCAAAUUAAUCGUGUUACCAUGGUGAUGACCUUAGUUAAAGAGAUCAUGAACUCUGACCCUGAUUCUGUUGAAGAAUUUUCAGAUAUUAUUGGUUUGAGUUUUGAUGUUUUACACAGAUUCAGUACGUUAUCUCCCCCUCCGUUAGAGUUAAUCAGUAAUACUAUGGAAUGUUUAUAUUAUAGAUUCAGUAUGUUAUCCCCCCUUCCGUUAGAGUUACUCAGUAAUACUAUGGAAUGUUUAUAUUAUAGAUUCAGUACGUUAUCUCCCCCUCCGUUAGAGUUACUCAGUAAUACUAUGGAAUGUUUAUAUUUUAGAUUCAGUACGUUAUCUCCCCCUCCGUUAGAGUUACUCAGUAAUACUAUGGAAUGUUUAUAUUUUAGAUUCAGUACGUUAUCUCCCCCUCUGUUAGAGUUACUCAGUAAUACUAUGGAAUGUUUAUAUUAUAGAUUCAGUAUGUUAUCCCCGCCUCCGUUAGAGUUAAACAGUAAUACUAUGGAAUGUUUAUAUUAUAGAUUCAGUACGUUAUCUCCCCCUCCGUUAGAGUUACUCAGUAAUACUAUGGAAUGUUUAUAUUAUAGAUUCAAUUCAAUUCAGUAUGUUAUCCCCCCUCCGUUAGAGUUACUCAGUAAUACUAUGGAAUGUUUAUAUUAUAGAUUCAGUAUGUUAUCCCCGCCUCCGUUAGAGUUACUCAGUAAUACUAUGGAAUGUUUAUAUUAUAGAUUCAGUACGUUAUCCCCGCCUCCGUUAGAGUUACUCAGUAAUACUAUGGAAUGUUUAUAUUUUAGAUUCAGUACGUUAUCCCCGCCUCCGUUAGAGUUACUCAGUAAUACUAUGGAAUGUUUAAAAUGUUCAGCUAUUAAACAUCCUAAACCUAUUUGGCACUCGAUGAAACAAACAGGAUUCUUACCCUACAUGACAGAGAAUUUAGAUAACGUUGGUGAAAUAUUGAGUGGGCGUGGUCUACAUGCUGGAUUAUAUGGUACAAUAUUAGCUAGAAGUGAAUGUUUUAUAUUUUCAGUGGGCGUGGUCUACAUGCUGGAUUAUAUGUGGGCAUGGUCUACAUGCUGGAUUAUAUGUGGGCGUGGUCUACAUGCUGGAUUAUAUGGUACAAUAUUAGCUAGAAGUGAAUGUAUAGAAGCUAGAUAUCCUCUAACACAGGCUGUUCUUGUUUUUAUUACUAAUCUUAUUGAGCCAUUAACACAGUCUAAUCAAGAAGAAGAACUGGUGCCAACUAUAUUAUAUGUUCUGCGAGAAGUUUUUCCUGUCUUUAGAAAAUGGCGUUUUUCACAAACUUCAAGUAGUGAGGCUUUAGGACAAAAAUGUUUAGAUCUUUUCCAUAAAAUCUUGAAUUUUCUUCAUCUACAGAAGAAAGCUGAGAAAAAAGGUAUACAGCUACAAGAAGUAUGUGUAUAUAGUAUGUUAUUUACCGAGGCUGGACGAGCGUUGUUAGAAAUUAUAGCUAUAGGAGUUGAUAAUAUAGAGAUGUCACUGUCACAACAGGGAAGUGCUACAGAAGGAGAUGGUAUUGAAGAGAUAGAACUGAUUCAGAUCGCGUUUUCUGUGUUAAACAGGCUUCUACUGUUAAAACCACCAGACUUGCCGAUAUCUCCUGUUGAACAGGCUCUAUCAUCACAACCACCUGGACGUCAACAUCAACAUGUUGUAGCCACAAUCGUCCAGUAUAUUUAUCAUAGACAUAACCCUAAACUACCAACUCUCGCCUUGGUUCUACUUAAACGAUUGGCCAUGGUAUCACCAAUGUCUAUAUUAGCUUGUUUAGGACCAGAAGCUGAACCUGUUAGAGAUAUGUUUUUAACAAGACUCUCAGCUCUAUCCGAGGAUUUAAGAUUAAAAGUGGUAAUUUUAGAGUUUUUAUCAGUUUGUAUCGAAUACCAACCGGGAUUAAUAGAAAUAUUUUUAAAUGUGCAAACUCCUGAUUCUACUGACAGUAAAAAGGAUGUUACUCUAGGUAAAUCUAGUUGUCUACAAACAGUUUUAAAUCUAAUGGACAAUAAAAAACAAGGUAGCUAUCAAUGUCCACCAGAUUUACUGUGUGCCUGUACAGAUUUCAUCCAAUCAUUAUGGAACGGUUUACGAGAGAGAGCCAUGGAAGUUUUAAGAUCCAAAGAGUCAUUUUGGUUGAGUAUUUUUUGUCCACUGGAACAAAGAUUUGAAAUUUCAGAAGAAACUGGUCAGUAUGAUAUAUAUAAAAUGAAAACUGUAGCCUAUUGUUUAAAAAUUUUAGCUCAAGAAGUUUAUGUUAUGUCAAGUUCCAAGUUAGACAAAAAGUUUAAAAGUUGUUGUCAAAAUUUAGCCAAAGAAAAUAAAUUGUUAAAAAUAUCACAGUUUGUAAGGGAGAGUUUGAUAAUUGAAGGAAAGAAGAAAACAGUCGUGUUGGAUGAAUUAAAUGAAAAUCCUGCCUUGAUUCUGCUGUUAUCCUGGAAAAACUUUCUGAUAACUGUUUCUAAAUUUAAGGUAGAUGAAUUAUCAAUCAAUGAUAAAUUAAAAGAAGAAUUAUUAGCUGAUUUGUUAUUGGCUAUAGAAUCACAGUUUCAAGAUGAAUUAACAGUAUUAAAUAUGAAAUUAGCGUCUGUUUCUAGUGCUUUAUAUUUUACUCUUAUUAAAUAUAACAUCAGUUGUAUCAGUAAAAGUAAAGUUGGCGCUGUGAGUUUAAAACUUCAGGAGUUAGUAUUAAUGACUGUUGCUAAUAGCCAAAUGUUGAUACCUUCUGUACAGAUCGGGUUAUUGUCUUCUCUCACUGCCUUACUACAAGCACCAGAUAAUAAUAUAAAAUAUGUUUUAUUUGUGACUGCAGCAAUACCAGCAGAUAACCUAUCAGCAUUACUGCCAACAGUAUGUGCGGUCCUGUUACAGAGCAGCAGACAACUUCCUGCUUUAAAAGAAUUACUUGAGAAACAGACGACAACUGGAGAGGAAGCCACGUCUGGUUCUGGAGAGAAAACUGAUUCAGAGAAUGGCUUGGAUGUCAAAUUAAAAUUACAGAUAGUUUGUUGUUGUUUAUUGGAAGAAUUAAUCCAUUCAAUCAACGACUCUACGAUCUGGUUGACAGUUUUACAGCAGAACUCCAUUUUACCAACUUUAUUAACUUCUGUGGAAACUUAUAUCAAGGCCCAGAAAGGUCUGUCUUAUGUUCAUUCAGCAUUCCUCCUGUUACUGACCAUAGCAGAAACAGAAAAGGGAGCCAGCGUGUUGGCGUUAAAUAACCUAGCUGUCCAUACUUGUUUAGUUAUAACUAAAUGUUAUUCCCAGGAUGGUAGAAAUGGUCAACAUUUUCAAAAAAAGUAUUCUAGUUUGAAGAAUAACAAUGGUAUCCACUGGUCAGGAGUAUAUUGUUUAUGUAUUCAGUUAUAUUCCACCUUAUUAUCAUCUUUACGCUACUCAUUCCUGGAAGAUUGCUUUAAUUUUCUUGGUGCUCAUCAAGAGAGGCUUCAACAGUCAUUAGAAACAGGAUGUAUAACUCUUUAUGAUCAAAGUUUACAAGAAGCUGAAGUGACCUGUAGUUUUAUUUAUCAACUCUCGUUUUUUAUUCGAGAAUGGAGGUUUAAUCUUCCUGAGGUUUUGAUGAAACUUCUGACGUCUAUGGUAUAUAUGACCCAAACCUUUAUAUCCUUAUUAAUUCGACCUCGUUAUUUAUCUCAUUUAUUAGAGUCAUUAGAAACAGGAUGUAUAACUCUUUAUGAUCAAAGUUUACAAGAAGCUGAAGUGACCUGUAGUUUUAUUUAUCAACUCUCGUUUUUUAUUCGAGAAUGGAGGUUUAAUCUUCCUGAGGUUUUGAUGAAACUUCUGACGUCUAUGGUAUAUAUGACCCAAACCUUUAUAUCCUUAUUAAUUCGACCUCGUUAUUUAUCUCAUUUAUUAGAGGCUCAGCGAGGAAUUGAAGGUAGUGAAAAAUCAAAACAUAAUUUACAUUCGUCUCCGUUACUACAACAACAAACAUCAACUGAAGAUAUCGACCAUCCUAGUAAACAACUUCUUAAUAUUCAACAGAGUCUUUUGCAUUUAUGGUGUGGAGAACAAAAUAAUAGGGUUAUCUCCCUUACAAUAGCAGCUUUUUGUAAUUACGUUGAGAAUCAUAUGAUAGAGUUAUCUCCCUUACAAUAUCAGUAUACUAAAACUAUGGAUAUAAGUGAAUACGAACCAAUCCUGGGACUGGGAUUUUCCACCCCGUCAAUCGAUCAAGAAGCUCCACCUACAUUUGGAAUGUUGAUAUCGUGCAUCACCUCCUGUUUUAGGUUGUUAUCGAAGAUUGAUCCAAAAGGAGGAAGUUCACCUCACAAAUCACCCGAUACAGAGGCAGUUCAACUCAUUUCUAAAAACCAUGUAGUCUAUGUAAUGGAUAACAGUCUGUAUCUGAUCAUGUCGCAGGCCUGCCGUUAUCUUAAAGAUCCUAACUUAUCUACCAGAGAAAAACAAUUUUUAAAACGUGAACUGGGAGCUGAAUUGAAUUCCUUCCUGUCGAGUAUGUUACGGUAUAUGAGAAGAGGGGCAGGACCAGUGUCACCUGUCUCCACUACCCACUCUAGUCCUCAGUCAGCUCAUACCCUGAACCGUUCCAUCUCACAAACAACCUUCUCAAACAGUCCAGAACAGAAAUAUCUACAACUGGUACAAGAAUUUGUCAAGAAGUUUUUACGAUGA